AUGCAAUCUAAUCCGACAAAUAUGCAGCUUUCUUUCCUCUUUGGAUAUAUGCAGUUGUCUCUCCGGCUUCCCUACGAUCUGGCAAUGCAGCAGAACGAAAUACUUUUUGGUGUUUAUUUUUUUAAUUUUAUCUAUCUAUCUAUCUAUCUAUCUAUCUAUCUAUCUAUCUAUCUAUCUAUCUAUCUAUCUAUCUCAGUUCAGUAUCUAUCUAUCUAUCUAUCUAUCUAUAUAUAUAUAUACAUAUAUAUAUAUAUCAGUUCAGUGUCUGUCUAUCUAUCUAUCUAUCUCAGUUCAGUAUCUAUCUAUCUAUCUAUCUAUCUAUCUAUCUAUCUAUCUAUCUACCUAUCUAUGUAUCUAUCUAUCUCAGUUCAGUAUCUAUCUAUCUAUCUAUCUAUCUAUCUAUCUAUCUAUCUAUCUAUCUCAGUUCAGUUUCUAUCUAUCUAUCUAUCUAUCUAUCUAUCUCAGUUCAGUAUCUAUCUAUCUAUCUAUCUAUCUAUCUAUCUAUCUAUCUAUCUAUCUAUCUAUAUAUAUAUAUAUAUAUAUAUAUAUUAUAAAUUAAUUGAUUUAAAAUAUGGUUAUUUCCGCUACACAGUUCCAACCAUCGAAACGAUGCGAUAUUCGCUUUGUCAGUACUUUUCUUUAACAGACUCAUUCGGUAAGCCAAAUAAAGCAUCCAGUUGCAAUAUGAACAACCAGUGA